AUGCGGCAAAGAACAAUCAAGAAAAUGCAAGACCAGGCUGCCAAAAGCGAAGCAGAGCUCCGUCAGAUAGCUGCUCUUGCGUCCCGCAGUAUUUCAAGAACACUUUCGACUCAAAAGAGAACUCUUCCAAGCGGCAUUGCUGCUGCGAUGGCUCUCGCAAAGGAAAUCAGUGCCGAGCAAGCGGCGGAGGACGUUCCGAUAGUAGGGAGCACCCGUGACUUUGCCGAUACUAUCAAAAGGCUUGGAUCUGAGAUGCAGAGCCAAAGAGCCGAGAAUUCGAAAGAAGCCAAAAAAAGAGAGCAAAAAUUCAUGGAGGAAACGGCCAAAACCUCAUCACAACGCAAAACGUUCACUAAAGUGCUUGCCGAAGUUGAAAAUAUUCUAAAACUUAAACACGAGCCCGCAUGAGUUGCAGGUUUGAUUAAGCGAUGUGCCUCAAAGCACACCGAAGACAUCUAUGUUGUGAGCAACAUAGACUAGUGUACCGUCGGAAAUCUGUUUUCUGCGGUUCGCGAGAUAUCGCGAAACCGACGCGGAGCUUGCUGGAAAUCCAUUUGCACCAGACUUGUCGCAUGUGGAUUGAAUAAAGUCAACGAUGCAAGCGAUGAAAUAGGCUUCGUCAUUAGAAUAGAUCCCUUUAUCUGGUGAUACGAACCAUGAGGAACCACCGACCGACUUGACAGUUGCCUUUAAGCCCUUAAUACAAGGAACCAAGCGCCUACCAGUGUGACAUGCCAAAGUGUCAUAUCCCAUGAUCUUGCGACUGCCCAUGGCGCGAUGGAAAGCGUGUUCGACCUUGCGGUCACAAUCAGCUCCCUCUGAAGACGUAGGAAAGAAAUCGGUCGUGCCAUCAAACGUGAUGGGUAAGUAAAACGCGUUAAUGCCAGUGCUGGU